AUGGUGUCCGAAAGAAUAAAAUACGCGAUGGCUCAUCUAUCGCGUAAACAACACACCAGAUUAUUGGCACGUCCAAAUUGGAGAAGACUUCGUAGACCGGACGCGAACAUAGUGGUUGAUCCAAAUGCUAUAUCUCGUGCAGCACUAAAGUGUAAACCUUCUAAACGUAUCAAGAUAAUGGCUAGACCAAAAUACGUAACCAAGAAAUACGAUGCUCUAGAUUAUCCAGCACCGUACCAACGAGUUCAUCCAAAGACACUUGCAGCGACGGCUACUACUCGUAUUCGGAAUUUGGCUGUGCCGAAAAAGCGCGUUCUAGAGCAGCGUAUUUUCGAGUUUCGUAAGCCACCUCCGAGGGAUCACGAUUGGGAAAGACACAGAAUGAUCAUACAGAAACUGGCAACCCCAAAAAUUUAUCGCAAGCCAAAACCCUUUGUUCCGAGAAAGAGGUGGAGGCCGUUCAACAUGAGACGAAUAGAGAAUUUAGCUGAGCCGGUGAUCAGAGAGAUUCCUAUUGACAGAGAUCCCUUUAAGGUAUCACGAUCCGCUCUGAAGUACAGGAUCACCGACCGUAUCAUGCGGCUAUACUAUCCAAAGACCGAAUUUAAAGUUAUGAAGCCAAGAAUACCAGGAGCAGUUUCACGAGCAGCCUUGAAAGCAAUUGCUUCCUCGAGGACGAUAUUUCUGGCCAAACCAUCGAAACGUCCUGCAGGAAUGGAAACUGAUCUCAGGGAAGACGCCUUUACAGUUUCACCAGCAGCUUUGAAAGCAAAAUGUUCGAGACGAUUGAAAAAGCUCGCAAAACCGAGAAAUUACAAGCCUAGAAAACGUUGA